CAGGAAGGCAGAGCUACGGCUUGGAGACACGAGGCUGGAGCAAUAAGACACAACACAGCAGAGCUGCCGCUUCUGGAAAAAAAAAAAGGAAAGAGUCAAAGAGGAGGGUCACCGAGUGUCCAGGAAACAACUCUCAAACGCAGGGGCUUAGUAAGAGGAGACGGGGAGUGUUUUUUUUUUUUUUGUUAGAAAAGCUGACAGGCAAGCAAGUCAAAGGGGAGGUGGAAGAGGAGAGAGGUGGCUGUCCUGACUUUGAAUUGGUCAGUGAAGGCCUCAUGAAGCUUCUCGGCAGCAGCUCCGUUCCAUUUUUAUCCGCCUGACGCUCGUGGACUUUCAGCAGAGCUCACCGGGAGCCCAGAGGGGAGGGAUAUAAAGAAGUACAGCUCAGGAGGGAGGGACACAAAGCAAAGAAAACAUGAUGACCCAGGAACAGUGCUCUCAUAGGAACAAUGUCCAGAGCUCAGAGAAACCACAAGUGUACAAAGUGGGAAUAUACGGCUGGAGGAAACGCUGCCUUUACUUCUUCGUCCUGCUGCUGAUGAUCCUGAUCCUGAUCAACCUGGCACUGACGAUCUGGAUCCUCAAAGUCAUGAACUUCACCAUUGACGGCAUGGGCAACCUGAGAAUAACAGAAAAGGGCCUGAAACUGGAGGGAGACUCCGAGUUCCUCCAACCCCUCUAUGCCAAAGAAAUCCGGUCCAGUCCAGGCCGCCCGCUGUUCCUGCAGUCGUCCAGAAACGUCUCGGUCAAUAUCGUGAACAGCAACAACCAGCUGCUCACGCAGCUCGUCACAGGAUCCAGCGGAUUUAAAGCACGAGGGAAGAUGUUUGAAGUCAAAUCCACCUCCGGGAAGCUGCUCUUCUCUGCCGACGAGCAGGAGGUGGUGGUGGGCGCAGAGAGGCUCCGAGUGAUGGGGGCAGAAGGAGCAGUGUUCAGCAAAUCUGUGGAGACGCCGCAUGUCAGGGCGGAGCCGUUCAAAGAGCUUCGAUUGGAGUCUCCCACUCGCUCGUUACUGAUGGAGGCGCCGAAAGGAAUCCAGAUCCUGGCCGAGGCUGGAGACAUCCAGGCCAUCUGCAGGAACGAGCUGCGGCUGGAGUCCAAAGACGGAGAGAUCGCUCUUGAUGCUCAGAGGAUCCGUCUGCUGAGGCUGCCAGAGGGAAAGGCCUCCACCAGCUCCUCAUCCUCGGGGACUAGGCAGACUGUCUACGAAGUUUGCGUUUGUCCUAACGGGAGACUUUUCCUGUCCCUGGCUGGCGCCGGAUCCACCUGCCAGAUCAGCAACAACUUCUGCCUCUAGGACUACUACUCUAGGUUUUUGUAAAACUAUAUAUAAAAUAUUGGGGGAAAACUGACACUCGGAGCAGACCAAUGUGCAAACACUGUCUGCCUCUAGGACUGAUCCAUGGCGAAUACAGUGACUGCCGGAGCCAACGGACAAACAAAUAGACAUCAUUUUUCAAUCAAAAACACUUUAACCUUGGGUUCAACUGAUGUGUUUAAACAGUCAAUAAGCACGAGUCUGCUUUAAGGUCUCUGACAGGUGCCAAAAGUUCAGUGUGAAUAUAUUUGUUGUCCCUCACUUCUAUAAGACUCUAAAAGUUACACAUUUUAACAACUUUUUAAUACAGAAGGACAAAGUGGCACCUUUUGCUCUCUCCUGUUGAAAGAACUUGACAGAGACAACUAUUAAUAAGGUUGAUGUUUGUAAUGUACUGACUCGGCUCUAAAUAACUCACAUCACAAAGCUAUUUGAUAAAAGCAAACGGACACCGCAAACACUUAAAAUACAAUACCAGAAAGUGGUUUCUCCUGGCAGACAUGGAGAGGAAAUUCCCCCAAGAUCUACCAUACAGACAUUGAUUUGUUCCCCUUCUACCUGGAGCAUGUCAGUGCCAGAAUCACUAGGGUGAUUCACCCAUGACAACAGGCCUACUGUUUUUCUUUAUCUUCUCAUUCUCUUAAUUAAUAAUCAGAUUUCUCAGUAUUCAGUAAACCAAGCUUAAUUCCAAAUGCUAAAAUAUAGACGGCCGAUGGUUACUAUUCUUAUCUUAACCUGACGUCAUUGAACACAAGGGCUUGAACAUGCAUUGUAGUGGUUUUUUGCAGUACCCUGGGAACAUAGCCUACUGUAAUUUAAAUAAUAUGUGAAAUGCAAAAACGUCAGUCAUCCAGUACCACAUUUGGAUCGCUAACUUGGUUUUUUGGUUGUUUAUGCAGUUUCUAAUAAUGUCCAUUUUCAUUUUAUAGCCGAAAACUAAUCUUUGGGUAGCUCGGGUUUACCUCGAGAUGAUCACUAUCCUUUCUGGCUGAAGGACUAAGUAACAUUUUGUUUAUUCUAACUAAUAAAAAGUUGGCUUUAAUUGACCCAGAUUUAUAAGUAUGUAGGAAAUAGUUGGUUUCCUUGCUGGCUCGUCUAGAUUUGGUGUUCUUACAGACACGUAAUGAUGUUGUUGCUAUUUGGAUUUGUUGCUUCCAAAAAAAUUAUAUUUUAUUUUGUCUUCUUUUAAACAAGCAUUAAAAUCCAAAUCAAUUACAUUCAUUUAUUUAUCAGUCAAUUGAUAAAAUAAUAAUUGGCUAACAUGGCAUGUCAAAAUCAUGCUCUUAGGUGCUAAAGUCCUGACAAAGUGAUUAUUACUAAAUAUCUCAUUUAGACAUUUAGAUAUACCCCCCCCCCCCACCCCCAAAAAAAAGCUUUGCAGGUGUUUCUGUCCUUUCAAUGAUAAUAGAAACCUAACCAUGUUGUAGAAAAAUAUGCUGAAGUAAAGUUAUCCCAGCCGAUUUCAAAUCACAAAUAAAACAUAGGCAGCCUGAACCUCUGCGGUGGUCCCCCUACUUGUUUCUUGCACUGACAAAAAAAAAGAAGAAAAACUUAAAAAAUAAGAAAGCAUCUCUUUUGUAAGAGAGGAACUGUGCCUGUGCCUUAUGUCAAUGCACUCUUGGCAAGAAGAAGCACAUCAGACAAACUUUAUUUGGCAUCAACAAGCUAUAUGAUCUGAUUUUUGUUUGGUUUUUAUUCAAUUCACAAACCGUUUCUUGUGUGCGAAUGCAAAGACCUUGAGCCACCUUCGAUUAUAGACGUUCACAUCUGACUAGAUUUUCUUUCAUGUAUCAUGGCUUUGAUUUAUUUUAUUUUUUUGUUAGGAUCAAAUAUUGUGUUGAAAUGUAUGUGUUAAAGCUUGACUUGGCAAUCAUGUGAUCCUGUGGAGUUUAAAUUGUAUUGGUCAAAUUUUUUAAAAACUUGGACACUUAUCUUCAGAAUGCACCAAAAUAUAUAUAUUUUUUUUUUUUCAUUACAAAUGUGUUUCAAAGUUCACUUAUGAUCUUCAGCCUUUAAUACCAACUAAAUUCUUCACAGGUCAUGUAAAGAUACACUUUGCAGAAGUUUUGACUGUUUUGUUUUGCUUGUUUUGUAGUUUUCCAAGCAUUUGUUAAUGAGAUUUUGACCAUUAAACCUGGAAGAAUUCAGCUUUCUUAUUUUGGAAAACUUUAAUAAGUGCUAAAAGGAUCCAAAUUGGGUUUAUUGUUUGGCUAAGAGUUCAGACGGUGGUGGCCACAUGUAAAAUCCAACUGAGGAUGUUUUCUGGAAUGCAUUGUACAUUUCAACUUGAAAACCUUCGACAUUUUUCUCUGAUCAUCACAUCCCUGAGUAUUGGCAUUAUUGUGGCAAUGUGCAACUUUUCAAUCCUUAUUACAGGACACCAACCUCCUAUGUAGGGUAGAAUGGUCUGUUUUAAACACAGGCAAAAGCAGAAGUGUUUUACAAGCGUCUAUUUACCUUUAUCAUGUCAAAAAUGUGCCGCAAAGUACCGCAUUGGUCAGAAGAAAAAAAUAAAAUAUUUUCUUUGAUAAUCUUUACUGUUAUUUUUUAACCUUACCAUGUUAAGAUAACACAUUUCAUUACAUGUAUGCACCAGUGUGUAAAGGACAUCUGUGCAGGAAUAUAUGAUAAGAGUCUUAUGAAAACUGUGUAUGACAAUUUGAAAUUAACUUAACCAAAUAUUAGGAUAUUUGUCAAUGUCUGUUAGUUAGAGAAACACCGAACUGUUCUCAAACCGUACUUAAACCUGACCAAAAAGACUUGGUUAUGGUUAGGAUUAGAAAAGGGUUUGUUGAAUUCAACGACAACAUGCAAAUGUCUUAUUUCAUUUACCUGAUUAUGUUGACCCGACUAUGCCAAGAUAUUUCAGUCCAACUGUCCAUUUGACAUAUUCCACUGAGAAUAUGUCAUGAUACCAAUAUUUUAAACUAAAUCUAAUACUAAGAAAAAAUCUAAAUACUUUUUUUUAUCUAAAUCUAAAUACUUUAUAUUUUUUAUAUUGCUGAAACCGUUUUAGAAAGCACUGGAUUGUUCUUCAUAAAGAGGAGAAAAGCAUAACUAAUUACAGUAUGACAAUAUUCUCACUCUCUUUAUUAGACAAUUGCCUUCAGUGGAGUAGUUGAUGGAGGGCGACUCAAACCAAGACAACAGAAGUGGGUCUAUCAGUAAUUUAGUAUUUAAAAAGAUGACUUCAGUUAAUGCCUUCUGGCAUGCUUCCUACUUGAUUGUUGCAAGAAACAGGAGCCUUACUGACCUUUUUAAAUCCCUCUUAAAUUUUAGUGUCAGUUUUUGAGACACAUUCGGUAGUGUUGCAGUGCUAGCAGAGCUGUUAUUGGCAUUCUUCGUUGUUUGACUUUCCUGUUUUUCUGCCUCAUGGGAAAAAUUCAUCCAAAAAAUGCUUUUUCGUUUUUGGAUUAAGGGUUAAAAAAAAAACUACCUUUUGAUGCACAUGUCAUCAGAGACGGCUGGUAAUAAAAAAAUUUCAAGAGUGUCACCAGACGUUGGAUAUUGGACUAAACUCUACUAAAAAUCCUGUCCACGGUCACUUGUCUGCUGGUGGAUUUUUUAAGCCUGGUCAGCCCAGUCUAAAUUCCUUUAUCCGCUUUUCUUUUGAAGCAAAAGCCUCGUGAAAUUAUUUUAAAAAUAAACAACCACAUUUUGUUUUGCUCCA